CCCCUUACUGUAGUCUCGGUUACAGGUUAACAUUAACUCAGUGAGCAAAAAUCGAGUGCUCCUCAGGCACAAUAGGAUCACGCCCUUUCCACCACAAACAAACAAAACCCUAAAAUUAUUUAUUUAUUUAAUUAAUUAAUAAUCAUCGGCGCCGGGAAGCUCACCGGGAACUUCAUCGGCUACUGAAUCUCAGGGAUUUAUCAUAUACCGAAGUGGAAGCGACGAAUGGACAAAGAAUUUUGGAUGCUAAAAGGCGGUGGACAUGUCAGCGAUGGAGAUGCGGUUUUCGAUAACUCGUCUAGGAUCGAACCUAAGCGGGCCCGUCAGUGGCUCUUAGACGCUUCCGAGCCGGAGUUAUUUCCUAGCAAAAAACAGGUUCUAGAAGCUCCAAUUACCAAGCAGGAAUCAGAAAUUCUGAUGCAGAGUUCACUUUCUUGGGAAAGUUCUUCUGGAUUUCAGUCAGUGCCAUCCGCCCCGAACCAAUUUAUGGAUCGGCUAUUUGGUUCCGAGACAAUCAUCCCCGCAAUUGCUGGGACAGAUGGCUCAGGUGUAAGAGAAAAAGUUAUUGGAGAAGAGUUUGAGGAUAAUUCAUCCGUUGGUUUGUCAAUUUCUUACGCAAUGGAAGAACAGGAAAAUGGAGUGAGUUAUGGUGGACUUAGAAAAGUCAAAGUCAACCAGGUCAAGGACCCUAUCGAGCACGACAUAGGGGUUUCGAUGGAGCAGACAUACCACAGGGGUGGUGAAAUUACCUUUGAGUCCAUUGGACAGCAUUACGGUAAGGAAGGUGGAAAUGCUACAUUGAUGGGCCAAUCGUACAACACGGGUGAAUCAAAUAUCACUUGUACCGGAUCGACUUUUGGCAAAGGGGACAAUAAUAAUAUUAUAUCUUUUGGCGGCUAUCAAGAAGAAUCUGUAAUGGAAGCCCUUGCUAGGCCAGUUAGUAGCUAUAGCUUAUUAUACGAGCAGUCUUCAGCUCAAACAUCAGAAACACCUACCAAGAAGGAGGUGGGUGCACCAAAUAGCGGUGCUACUGUGGGCACCACUCAGGCACCUAAACCAAAGGUUGAUUCGACAUCUAAGAUUAAGUCGGACACGAAACCUUCAAGGAAAGAAGCACCAAAUAGCUUUCCUUCCAAUGUGAGGAGUUUGAUAGCAACGGGUAUGCUUGAUGGGGUGCCCGUGAAAUACGUUUCUGUCUCGCGUGAGGAGCUUCGUGGAAUCAUCAAAGGCUCUGGAUAUCUUUGCGGAUGUCAGUCAUGUAACUACUCUAAGGCGCUUAAUGCGUAUGAAUUUGAACGACAUGCCGGGUGCAAGACGAAGCACCCAAACAACCACAUAUACUUUGAAAAUGGGAAGACAAUCUAUCAGAUAGUUCAGGAGUUAAGAAGCACUUCUGAGAGUAUGCUAUUCGAUGCAAUACAGACUGUGACUGGUUCUCCGAUAAACCAAAAAGCCUUUCGCACUUGGAAAGAAUCGUUCCAAGCAGCAACUCGUGAGCUUCAGCGAAUUUACGGAAAGGAAGAGCUCAACGUUUGAGGUAUUCCGUCUCAGUGCAAAACAGGUAUUAGGUGUAAGAUGGGUAUAAAUUAUAGUAACUAUCGUGUGCAGGGCAAGUGUUAUAUAAUGUGGUAAGCUUCGCGAAUUGUGAUUGGAUUGCCGGCUUUAAUUUAUAUAUAUUGGGAAAUCAAAUGUGCUGGAAUUUCAUGUUUGUUCCCUGAAGAAAAUAUCAAGGAAAAGUUGUAAUGUUCGUGCUUUUGUUCUUAAAUUUGCGUUUGUUGCCAAUAUUCAAUGUCCAAACAUUAAAUUAGUGUCGAGGUAUUGUCUUAAUGUCGAAAGUGAAGUACAUUUUGGUGAACAUAAGGCCUUAUUAACAACUUGGAAUGUUUGAUCAUACAUCAAAGCUAACCUUACAAAGGGAAACUGAUUAAUCUGAGAUUAUUCCAUUGUUUCGCCGAUAUAAAAAGUAAUCUGAUCCUCACAUCCCGAAACUUGAAACCGUUCUUUUGUACACGCAGACGUUAUACGUAAUGUCAAAUUAAAAAUAAUUAUAAUAUGGUCACAUUCGCAUACACGUAGCAUGAGACUUUUUAUUUUGAUUUUUUUUUUCAAGAUAUGGAAAUUCACUAAAUCAAACCAAAAAGUAUAGCAGGAUAGCCAUCAGCCAUAAAGUAAGCUUAGAUCAACAUAUAACUAUAAAUAAAUCAAAAAGAAAAUUAAAGUUUGUGCAAAAAAGGCAAUGGUUGAGCAUAUGCUUAGAAGAUUCGCUCCACUAACAACCCAUUCAUCCAUUAUUAGCUUUUUGAGUUAACAUUUCCACCGAAGAAGGCAUCCAUUUUAUACCCCUACGGGGGGUCGAAUAAUCGCAGCACCAAACGGAGUUUAGUUUUGAAGAAAUGGGAGGGUGUAAUGAUUAUCUUCCAUGUUCGGUGAUUGAGAAAGUUUAAUCUAUCUCUGUUUUGGGCAACUAUGCAUCCUUUGGCAAUGUCUUCUCACAACCGUUUUUGUCAGUUAAGUUCUUUGUUUUGCCCUAGAUUUUAGGCUCGGGUGUAUUUUUGGAUUUUGAUCGGUGUAAUGUUCGCCUUUUUUUUUUGUGAUUUGAUAUGUUGAAACUAUGAUAUUGAAAAUUGUUGUUGUGGUGUGUUUU